ACUCAUUCUUACUUACUUGACAUUGUUCAAUCGUGAUUACUCCUCCCAUCAUGGCUUUCAGCACCCAACUUUCCCUUAUCAUUGCUCGCUCUUCUGUGUUCACCAAAAACUUUUGUUCUGAACCAAAAGAUUAUCCUCACUACCUUCAAAACUUCCGCCACGUCUGCAUGUUUCCUUCCUUUACCAUCGUGCCCUCAAACUUCAAUCACUAUCUUCUGCGGGUUUUGGAUAUGAUCCAUGGUCUCGGCUGGAGCCAUCUCCUCGAAACUAGGCGCUUCAACUACUGUCCUGAAGCAGUGAGGCUGUUUUAUGUCAGCAUGCGCAGAGAUGCUAAUCAUCGCCCUACCUAUUUCACUACCACAGUAUUUGGCCAUUCCGUCACCAUUAUUGUGCAACUGAUCUCCCGCCUGCUGGGCAUCUCCAUUGAAGGGAGAACUAUGAUGUCUGAAGACGACUUUCCUCUCUUCCACUUUGAUCUCCAGGAGGAAAUUAUUCGCCUCUCUUCAUUACCUGAAGAUGAAUACACUAGGGCUAACUAUACCCAUGUGAAUAAUCUCUCAAAUGAUCCUAAGGUGCUGCACUUCUUCAUCACUCGAGUUUCCCUUCCUAGAUCCACCAAUCAGAUGCUGGAUGUGUGGAUCUUGUCAAAUGUGAUGUCUGGCACGAAGUUAAGCUAUCCUCACCUCAUUUUCAAUCAUCUUCUGUCCUAUGGGGAUCCUCGCAAUGCAGGCUAUCUUUCCUUUGCUCCUUAUAUCACCAGAAUGCUCCGCUGCCUUGGCAUUGACCUCGAGGAUAAAGUUUCCAUAGUCAAUGUGCUAGAUAGUCUGCGCGCUCAGCAUGUUCUCCACUAUGUAAACGCUAGCGUGGGGGUCUGCAAGAUUGUCAAUCCCCAAGGGGGAGAGAGAGUUGAAAUAGGGGAUGGAAAUCAAACUCUCUUUCGUAACAUCAAUGAUGAUCUGGCAGCUGUGGCGAGGGCUAUGAAGAAGGCCACUGGAGCAUCAACUGCAGAUAAAGGGAAACAUAAGCUUAAUAACCAAGAGAUCAUGGAGAGUCACUACAAGGAGGAAGGAACUCGUCCCACCACUGCUGGAAUGAGUAUCAAGAUUCGGGUUUGUGGUGACACUUCUGCCAGCAGCCGUCUGGAAGCAUAGAAGGAAGAAUCUGAGCCUGAGGAAGCGUUUUCCGGAGACAUAUCUGAUUAUGAGUCUGAUUCAGAGUUCGAUUAUUAAACUUAUUUGAGAAGCCUUAGUGAGGGGGAGUCCUGCUUGUUUUGUUUUACUUUUAUGUUUAAAUAAGCCUACUAUUCAGUA